AUGGCAGGCCAUGUUGGUGAGGAUCCCUACGAGUCGCCGACAUUCGGCAAAUCGCUCUCUUUGAGAGUUGACGGUGAUGUGAAUGCUAUCUCGAUAAACCCGUCGGGAAGGGAUGUGGUGUUGGCUAGCAGACAAGGCUUACACGUCAUUGAUCUAGAUGAUCCUUUCUCGCCUCCUCGAUGGCUUCGGCAUGUUACGCCAUGGCAAGUCGCUGAUGUCCAGUGGUGUCCCCAUCCAGCCAAACCCCAUUGGGUCAUUUCGACUUCGAACCAGAAAGCUAUCAUUUGGAAUUUGGCAAGGUCCUCAUCUGAUGCCAUUGAACAUGUGUUGCACAAGCAUUUCCGAGCUAUAACAGAUAUUAACUUCAAUUCGCAGCGCCCAGAUAUCCUAGCGACCUGCUCGGUGGACACUUACGUGCAUGCCUGGGACAUGCGAAGCCCCGGUAGACCAUUUUACACUACUAGAGAUUGGUUUGCCGGAGCUUCUCAGGUCAAAUGGAGUUUCAAGGAUCAGAACGUGCUGGCAUCCGCUCAUGCAAAUGAUAUAUCCAUCUGGGAUCUCAGAAAAGGAUCGACACCAUUAGCUAAGUUGGUGGGACACAAAAGUGGUGUGAACAGUGUUGAUUUUAAUCGAUUCAAGAGCCAUGAGAUCAUGACAGCUUCGAAUGAUGGGACAGUGAAAUUUUGGGAUUAUUCCACAAGCGGUUCAGAGUUGAAAAAGACCAUUCGAGCAGAUUUCCCGGUGUGGAGGGGCAGAUAUUUGCCCUUUGGGGAGGGCUGUUGUCUACUCCCGACAAUCGGCGGUGGAAAUUCGAUCUACUUAGCUAGCCUAAAGGACCAAAACGCUUCAGAUAACGAUUCGAAGUUGCAACCCAUUUAUGCUUUCAAAGGUCACUCAGAUCGGGUGAUAGACUUUCUCUGGAGAUCAAGAAAUCGCACUGAUACGCUGCUUGAUGAGAGGGAGUUUCAGCUGGUUACCUGGUCGAAAGACUGCGACCUGCGGUUAUGGCCUGUUCCUGAAAUGAUAUAUAGUAAAGUGAACUUCGAACGAGGCAAAAGGCUUGAGGAAAAAUUGCCCAACUAUGAGUACGCUACGUACAACAGAGAACACGAUGAGCAACAUUUUGAGCCGGGGAACAAUAAUAGACGAAGGAAGGAGACCUUUGUGACAACGUCUGGAUUGAGCAAGAAGAAUGACGUCAACUAUAUUACUUGGCUGUCGGGCGUGAGAAUGAACCACACAGCCUCUACGGAUAACAUCUUCUCGGAGCGUUCUAUACAAAACCUUGGGGAAGAAGUCAGUUCUAUUGGACAUAAAUUUCCCAAGAUUGUCUUCGAGAAAAUUUCAGUCUCAACAGGUGAGCUGAUUCUCAAUUUGAAUGGGCCAUGGUCUGAGACCAACCCAGAGGGGUAUGUUUUCUUGAGAGUGGAAGUUAGCGUGCCAAGGAAUUAUCCUUCGAGAGGGUGCGCUCCUUCUUUCAAAAUAGAGGAUAGCGGUAGCUUAUCAUCAGAGCAAGCACAGAAAAUUAUCGGAAGAUUGAAAGAAAUUUCUCAGAAGUAUACCGAUUCAGGACUGUAUUGCUUAGAGCCUUGCUUGAGACAUCUCCUUGGGGAAUCGAUUAAUCUGGAUGACUUGUCGCAGGAAGUUGAGCCACUUCUCAAUUUUGAGAUCACUGAUCACAUCGGCUUUGAUAAUUUGUCUUCUGUUCCAAGCUCGGAGAAUUCGUCGCAGAUCUUUACAGAUGCGUCAUCAGAUUCAGAAAGUGAUAAUAUCAAAGAUGCACUGGCCACUAGUGAUAAUCAACCUUUCAGGGCCUCUGAUAAAAGAGAUCUAUCUUUUGAUAGCACUCCUGUGCCUAACGAGUGUGGUGCGGUAUGGUCUCCAACGGGGCAGCUUCUGUGCUUCUUUGCAUCCGAAAGUCAGCUAGAAAAGAAGCAACAGGCAAUGCUUCGACUAGGAGGAAAAGAGCAUACUAGACAACCAAGACAUUCCAAAAAUGAGGUCCAAUUAUGGGGGUCUCAUGAGACGUCUGCUGAUAACCGAGCGCUGGAGAAAACAGCAAGGCCCAAACGCUACAUCCAAACAAUAGCAGGAUUUUCGAGCGCUCCCAGAGGUGCAAAUUACUCAUCUGAUGAUCAAUCCUCUGAUGGAUACUCCUCCGAUGAUUUCGAUGAUGAUUGGUGUGACGUACUAAGAAAUGAAAUGGUAGUUCGAACGAAGUUGCCAGCCUUGCAUGGAAAGUUUUCAAAGCCAUUCGGAUCUAUGCACUCUGAUUCAGCGAAAACGUUGGACUCAUCGAAGAAGCUCAAGAACAUAAUUUUCUUCAAGGACUUCCAGCAUUUGAUAGCAGACCGCAGAGAACUGGCGUUGGAGUAUCAACUAACGGAUUCGAAUUUGGAGAAAAUGACUAGAAAUAACGCACUUGUGGCAGAGAAAUACAAUAUGGAAGAGAUCAGUCACUGCUGGCAGGUACUGUCAGAUAUGUUAAUGAAAAAAGAGGAAGACGACCCCUAUGAUCUGGUAUGGGAUAAUCAUCCCAUGGGAAUCAAGUGGUUUGUCAAGGAAGCCAUCAAAUACUUUGAGCAGAAGAAUAAUCUGCAGAUGUUGGCAAUGCUAUUCUGUGUUGUAGCGAAUCAAUUCUGUCCGAAUCAGUCGAAGAACAGUACAGACCACGAAAGUCGGAUUAUGAAGAAGAAAGUGGAAAGUUUGGUGACUUUUUGUACCAACGAUGUCGUAGGCUCGUUUAGAACAGAUCUACACUCACAUUGUUCGAGCAGUUUAGCGUCAAACUCUCUAGAAGCGAUAAACAGGAGCAGACACUCGCCAGAUGACGUUUCUGUGAAGUCAGAAGAUUACUUCAGCAUGAGACACCACAGCUACAAUGGGCAACCUUCCGGUACAACUCCUCCACUGCCUGGGCGGAAUCACAGAACUCAGGCUCAAACACCGGAUGUCUAUGUUCAGCUGCUUUACGAUGAUGUUCUUGAAUCUAUCGAAAAUCCAAAUAGAAAUCUACUGGAUCCACCUGAAGCAAGGAAACUCGCAUCAUACAGUUACCAGUACGCUAAGCUUCUAUCGAGAUGGCUGCUUCCGAUUGAGAGGGUUGAAAUGAUCAAAAUAAGUUUCGACGCAAAGAAGGACAGUACAGAUUACGAACCUCAGAUAGCAGACGAGAAUAGAGAUCUCUAUGGGGGUAUUGUUACGACGUGGCGACAGAAUGAAGGGGAUAAACCCCUUUUCCAAAACUGCAACUACUGUGGGCUCAAGGUCACUAGAAGUAUAUUUGUAUGCCAGAGCUGUGAGCAUAUUAUGCACUCAGCAUGCGCUACAGAGUGGUGGCAAAGUAGCCAAGAAUGUGCAUCUGGCUGCCGCUGUCGGUGCCCUGAAGUCUUUCCCUGUACCUAG